AUGGCGAGGUCACCGUAUAGAGCCUAUUUGAUCCUUGGAGGAAAUUUAAAUUCGGAGUGCUCAAAGCUGUGUGAUAAUGACAGUUCAUGUAAAGCAUACGCCAUUGACACAUCAAACAGUUACUGCUACCUAACCACUAAUACAUCUCCUUCCGAUGCCAGCAAGCGUAGGUAUUUUGCAUCAAAGACAUGUUCUACUACUCCUGUGCCGACGACGACACAAAAUACGGGUACCUGUCCGUAUGUACUACAGCAAUACAUGGUAAUAACCUCAUAUUUCGGUGUCUGGAGUAUUGGUGGCAAAUUAAACUCCGUGUGUCAAAGACUCUGUGAUGACUAUGUGUCGUGUAAAUCUUACACUAUUGAUUAUGCAACCAGUUACUGUUAUCUUAGCUCCUCUGAAGAAAGUCGUUCAGAUUCAUCUUCGCAGCGGUAUUUUGGAGAAAGGCAAUGUCCCAGCACUACUACAGACAGUUUUGAUUUUAUAAUAAGUACAACAAUCACUUUAGACCCUGAAACGGAAUCGGACACCGUAUCGGAUUUCUUAUCAACAGAACCAGGACUUUUGCUAACUACAGAACCAGACGCAUCAUUCACUACGGAGGCAAAACGUUUAUUAACUACAGAACCGGACGUAUCAUUAACUACAGAGCCAGAAAGUAUACAAGCUACUACUGAGCUGGACUUAUCAUUUACUACGGAGCCGGACUUAUCAUUAACUACAGAGCCAGAAAGUACACAAACUAUUGCACCGGACUUCUCAUUAACUACGGAGCCAAAAAGUACACAAACUGCCAAACCGGACUUAUCAUUUACUACGAAGCCAGAAAGUAUACAAACUACUGAACCGGACUCCUCAUUUACUACAGAGUCAGAAAGUAUACAAACUACCGAACCGGACUUAUCAUUUACUACGGAGCCAGAAAAUCUACAAACUACUGAACUGGACUUAUCAUUCACUACGGAGCCAGAAAGUAUACAUACUACUGAACCGAAAUUAUCAAUAACUACGGAGCAAGAAAGUAUACAAACUACUGAACCGGACUUAUCAUUUACUACGGAGGCAGAAAAUCUACAAACUACAGAACCUAAAUUGUUAUCAACUACAGAAGAAUCAACGUUAAAUACAAUCGAGGGAACAACUGAGGCAGAAUCUACAAUGCGAUCUGAGCAGACAACUACAGAAUUUAACUCAAAAUUAUCUACUGACUUGGAACUCAUGACUACAAAAUCUAUGAACCUUUUGACAACAGAAGCAGCAACUUUGCUCCAAACAGAACCAAAAACAAAACAACUAUUAGAAAGGGGCACAACAUUAACCACGGAAUCGAUAGAAUCAAAAACUAAGGAAUCUCAAACAUUUUCCAAUACAGACGCUGUAUCAACCACUGAAGAAGAAACAGUGGAACCAGAAAUCUUUACAACGACAGAAUCGGAAAGGGUAUCGAACUCAAAAACCGACAAAUUAUUUAAUACAGACGAAAAAACCCAAUUAACAACGGACUCGGAGAUGAUUACCACAAAAAGAGAGACUACAGACGACAUAGAACAGCAUACAAUUAUAACCACAGACGACAUAGAACAGCAAACAAUUAUAACCACAGACGACAUAGAACAGCAAACAAUAAAAACCACAGACGACAUAGAACAGCAAACGACUAUAACCACAGACGAAAUAGAACAGCAUACAAUUAUAACCACGGAUCUUACCACCAUUUUAUCGACAGACACGAACCAUAUACUGACAUCAAAGAUCUUAUUAUCUAUGGAACCAGAACACUCAAAGGCCACAGAAUCCGUAUCACUAUCAUUAACAGAAAUGGACUCUACACCAUACACCGAAGACGAAACGCUAUUAACCACGGAACCUGGGAUCAUAUCAACAAAGGAACCGAACACUUUCGAAACUGCAGUAACGGAAAUUUCAUCAAACGUAGAAACCGUGACAUUAUUAACUACAGAACAGGAAUCCAUAAUAACUAAUCAAGUUAAUACAAAGACAGAGUCACCAAAACAACAAACGACAAAACAUAACACGAUAUCUAUAACAGCGAAUACAGAAACAAUAUUACCUGAUAAACUUAUAACCUCGCACACAACAGAAUCAGAAACAAGGGAAACACUGUUAACUACGGAAGCAGUAGCCUCACAGACUACUGAAUCAGACACCUUAGAGACAAGAGAAAAGUUAUCUACGGAACAAGUAUCCAUGCAAACAACGGAAUCGAAAACCUUACUGACAACAAAAACAUCAUCUACGGAUCAAGGUAUCUCGCAAAGAAUAACAUCAGAAAUACCACUAACAGCGGACACGGUGUCACCUAUGGAAUCAGGUAUCCCAACAACCACUGAAUCGAGAACCUUAAUGAAAACAGAAACUGCAGAACCAGAAAUCUCGCACACUACAGAAACGGACACUUCUUUGAAAACACUAACAGCGUCAACCACGGAAUCAGUAGACUUGGAAACUACGGAAUUGGAAUCAUUUACGUCAAGACAAACACUGUCGUCUAUGGAGCAAGGAAGUUCACCAACUACAGAGUCUAAGACGGUAACAAAUCCAGAACAGGAUGUUGUGUCAACAUCAGAACAAGGGACUUUUAUUACAAUUGAAACUACUGUCCUUUCAACAGUAGAAACAGAAACGUUAUCGACAACAGAGCAAGGGAUAUUAAGUACAGAACCAAUACUUUUAUCAAGUACAGUUCCGAAAACACCUUUAACCACGGACCAGAGUACAUCAUUAAGUACAGAUCAGGCAACUUUGAAUACCACGGAACAGGAGACGUUGUUUACCAUAACGGAACACAUUUCAAGUACAGAAGAGGAGAAGACAACGGAAUCUAAGAGCACAACACAGGAAACAACAAAUACGCCUAUACAAAUCACAAAUGGAACACUGUAUAGAUUUCCAAUGUCACCAUACCUAACCUGA